UGUGGUGCAACACCGCGGGGGCAGUAUGGCCGCCGGCGGCGCAGUGGUGCGCGAGUGACAGAUCCGUGAUCGUCCGCUCGACGUUCGUCGCAACCCUGAGGCGUCCGCGCGUGCCGCGCGAAACCGCGAGUGGUAGAAUGAUCGUUUCUAACUGAGAGAGGGAAGGAGAUAUAGAUAUAUAUAUAUAUAUAUAUAUAUAUAUAUAUACAUAGAGAGGUAGUGCAAGUGCGAGGGAGAGAGAUAGGAGGCAUAAGGAGAACGAGCGGUAAACCGCCACUAUCCCCGGCGCCGGUGUGAUGAUCAAGGAUAUGGCGGACGAUGAGGCCAUACAGGCCACCAACGACGACGCCAGCGAGUGCAAGCGCUACGCUGUUACGCUCGGCUAUUGGUGCGACUCGUUUAUCAGCCUGUUCGUGAAGCAGAGCACACGGAAGGCACCCGAGAUCAAUCGCGGUUACUAUGCCAGAGUCAAGGGCAUCGAGCUCUUCGUCGACAAGUUCCUCAAGCUGUCUGGUGGUAAAGGACAGAUCAUAAACUUGGGUGCUGGCUUUGACACACUCUAUUGGAGGCUCAGGAAGGCUGGAAACAGUCCCGCGAACUUCGUCGAGCUGGACUUUCCCAGUAUCACCGCCAAGAAAUGCUAUCACAUCAAGAAGCACAAGCAAUUGAUCGAUAUGUUAAACACCGAAGAUGGAGAAAUUCGAUUUUCAACCACAGACCUGCAUGCCGCGAACUAUCACCUGGUUGGUACAGAUCUGCGACACAUGGCGGAGCUAACUAACAAAUUGACUCAAGCCGAGGUCAAUCACAAUUUACCCACCAUGUUCCUCGCAGAAUGUGUUCUUGUUUAUAUAGACGCUAGCGCAACCUCGUCACUGUUGAAGUGGCUGGCAUUCAAGUUUCCGAACAGCCUGUUCGUCAGUUACGAGCAGGUAAACAUGAAGGACAAAUUCGGCCAAGUGAUGCUGUCGAAUUUGCGCAGUCGUGGUUGUCUGUUGGCGGGCGUAGAAGACUGCGAGUCGUUAGAGACCCAACAGAGACGAUUCACUAUGAACAACUGGGAGGGCUCAAACGCAUGGACGAUGGUGGAGAUUUAUGAUUCACUGCCUGAAAUGGAUCGUAGUCGAAUCGAGCACAUAGAGAUGCUGGACGAACGGGAGCUCCUCACCCAACUGCUCCAGCAUUACUGCAUCGCCAUCGCUUGGAAUGGAGAAACAUUGAAAAAUCUGUCUAUAGCGCAGGGUUAGUUGCAUGCGAUUGACUCUCGCGCGCUCUCUCCCCCAUUAUCUCUCUCUCUCUCUCUUUCUGUCUCUCGCGAGUUACUCCAGGUAGUGAUAUUGUAUAAUUCAGACUCUUGAUAAGAGCCCCGUAACAGCUACGCAAUCGCCCUGAACGACCGCGGGAUAUUCACGUUUUUUUCGCUUAGAUACAUCUUCGAUUAAAGCGAUAAGUUGCGAUAUAUCUUCAUGAUAUGGCGAGAUACGAUUCGGAGCGCGUUGAAGUCUCGCGUUGAAAACGCUUUUUCAUUUGUAUGUCCGUCUAUGCUGUGAGAGAUCGCCGUAAUGACUGUUUUUAUUCUACACGCUUCAAGUGUGUUCUUUGUCCUCCGUUAAAACACGCACCAUAUACGUAUACUUCACAAAUAUAUCUAUUUUUUAACGGAUAUGUGUGCUGCGAGCGAGAUAAGAUUUUUUGGCGUUGUGAAUCGCGCGCGAGAUACGCGUACAUGUGGCUGCUAAUAUGACAAACGGUUGGAUGAGCUCCGCUAUCUCUUUUCUUCGUGGAUGAGAUUUCCAGUCAUUUUCUGAUUUUUGCAUUCGACAUAUCUGAAUUGUGUGUAUCACGUGUAUAAUAACUCCGUCCGCGCGAAAGGCGAUCGGACGCAGUCCGUCUCGCCCCCUGCUGCGGAUUUUUAUGUGUAUAAAGUUACGAUCGUUAUUAUAAUUAUUAUAGGUCGCUAUAUUGUUACACACUGUGGCCAAACGGUGCGACAGCGCGCGGAGUAAUUUAUUGUAUGACGAGAUUAUAUCCGCGAGAAAUGCCGUGGUAUGAGCCGGUAUUUCGAGCGCGCCUCGACUACGUUUGUCAUUACUUCGCUUAUUACCCGAAACGCUAUAUCUAUAUAUAUAUUUUUGAUCUUUCAUUGCAAAUACAUAAAGGUAUUUUUCUGAUACACUGACUAUAAAAUUCCGAUUCCACGAAAGUCUUAAUAUAUGGUACUUGAAAGAUGUUAUCAGAUUCCGUAAGCGCAGUCCCUUCCCAUCCAAUCUUUAAGUGUACAUUAAGUAUUAAAGAUUAUCAAUUACAUUUGAUCGCGAUAAGGCAAUUAGUAAUUACGAACUAAACGACUAGGUUUUCGUACGGGCGUUGCCUACGAGCGAAGAGUGAUUAUUUAAAGUAAUAAGGAGAACAAAAGCAAAGUGCAACGAAAGUAAGAUUUUAAGUAUCGGGUGAGAUAAAUAGGCGUGUGCGAGGAGAAAAUCGAUGCGAUGAGAUAAAAGAGAACAAAUCUAAUACCGAUGAUCGCGCGUGUCGUCGCAGAUAGCUUGAGUGGGUGGGGAGGGGGGAAAGGGUAGGAAAAUUGGCGACAUAUUUUCUCCAUUGAUUUUGUUUGUUCGCUCGUAGAUCGUAUAUCGAACACGUCACCUUCGCUCGCACUCGCGAAGUAAAACACGCGUGCCGAUGUUUUUUGACGUUUAAAGUCCGAUCGUCCAUUUUACUUUUUCACAAUGGGAAAAGAAAGACAACAAAAGAGAAAAAGAAGAAAAAAGAUACACGUGUGUCACAGCGGCGUUCUGCAUCUUCUUUUUAACACCAAGUACGAAUCAAGUACACUUGUAAGCAGGUCUUAAGAUGAUAGCGAACGAUGACAAAGGAUUUAUUUUCGUAUCGAGGAAUAAUCAGGGUUACGCAUGUGUAUAUCCUCAGUCUAAGGAUAAUACGAAGAGAUUAUAUAAGCUUCUACGAGAAAUUCGGAUCGCUUCUCCGUAAGUGUACGGAGAAGCGCGCGAAGAAAGCUUUGUAAUACACAUCCCAGUAAACGCCAACUGUCAGUAACACAACAACGUCAAUGUUAUAAUUUCUCGCUUAGAGAUGCAAGUGCGAUAUAACGCGAGUGUUGUGUAACAAUUACACGAUCGAGUGGGAAAUCGCAGCAUUGGCUGCGUUCAGCAGAUAAAGCUGCAACUGUUGCAAAAUUCGCGAAUCUGAUGGGUGUACAUUCUUAGAUUUAACCGAGAUCAAGAGAAAAGCUUCAAUCAGAUUCACGAAUGUUUACAAUAGAACAGCUUUCUCUAUUGAAUGUAGCCAUUGAUGCGAUGUUGCUGUUGGUUGGUGUUCACCAGGGUGAGACUCGGACUUGAUCGUUGCGUCCACUCGUGAAGCGCGAUCGUUGGAAUCAGCCGUCAAACGUCGUGUUAUAAUAAAGGAAAUUGAUUGCUUUUUGGACGGCCUACCGGAAUAGCUGUCUUUAGUCGGAAUAGCUGCGUGUAGCGAUACUAUUGUAUAGCUGUAUAUGCUGUAUAUAGCGACGUGUAUGUCUGUAUGUGUGUGUGUGCGUGUCAGAUUCCGACAAGCGCGCUUCCGACGCGAGAACGACGAUGAUGAUACGCGAGUGCCGCUGAUAAGUCGCGAAUUUCCACAAGUUCUCAUUCUUCUACCUUAUUUUGUUCGUUUCUCGCUUUUAGCGUGUUACACGAACAACAACGGCAACUUUUACUAGACCUAAGUGACGAUACGAAAGAACGCAAAACGCACGUUUUAACCCGGUUUGAAACAAUUGCACGACUCGUAUUCUCCGGUCUUUGAGAAUCUCUCCCUUCGAUGACUAAGAUUGUAUACCUGGAGUAACGAACGUAUAAAGAGGAUAGUCAGAUGUUCUAUUUUUCUCAGAAGUUACGAAUUGCAGCCGUUGUUACGAUGUCUAUCAACGUUCGUAGAUAACCCCCGCCGCCUACGCCUACCCUCGCCUCUCUCGUCGCCCGACAUUGUCGCCUUCUUUGCACUUGUAGAAAAGUAAUUGAGACCUCGUCGCGCGUGUUAGUCUUGUGUCACGUGUCAAGUCAUCGUCUGAGGUAAAAAAUUGGCCGAUUUAUCGAGCGCUCGUUAUGUGUUCAAGCAUGGCUUCAAGUUUGAGAAUCCAAGAAAAUCACGGAUUAUAGCGUCGUCCUGAGAAUCCGAGCAUAGCAGCACUGCCACCGGAUGGAAAUUGAGCGAGAUCUCGUCAAGUGCUCAUUCAAAGACUCGGUGAAUUUGCAGUUUUCGUGUACGCUUCUCAAGGAUAGACAGAAGAGAAAAGCAAGAGAGAUCACGAGGAACCCGUUAACAUAUAAUUUUCGCAAGAACGUGUGGUGAGAAUCUUUCUUUGUGAAUUUGUACAAAGUGAUCAACGAUCGAACCUUGAUUAGUCGCGCUCGGAUGAAAUUGUAUAAUUAGUAACGUUACGUUCUUCGCUGUAUAUCGCAAGGGAUAGAUAGAUUAGAUCUAUCGACCCCGUAUGAUGUUCGAUUUCAUUUUCAGCAAUAAACAACGAAUUUCACUUCACCAGGCUCACUGCGAGAACAUAACGUAGUUAUAAUUUCGCUUCGCUCAGCGCAUUCUCUAUGUUGCAUUUGCGGGUGUUCGGACGAUUAUCGUAUAAUCUCACGUGACUAAUUAAGGAUUACAUGGGUUCGUGUUAAUUGCGCAAAACGCAAGAGGCGGAACAAUGUGGAUCUCAAACUUGAGCAACGCGAUGUCGUAUUGUGCGAAUUGUGCAGCUCCGUGUUUCCCCAUCUCGGUUUCGUUCUACGUAACACAAGCUAUUAAUAUCUUAUGUACGAAUGUACGAUGUUGUACAUCUUAAAGACAAAAAAAAGAAAAAAAA